UGAGCAGUCAAAACAAUGUGGCUGUUCCCGGUGCAGAGGAGACGUUUCCACUCGUCCGUGUGUCUGCUGAAGAAGCUGAAGAGCAGGAGCGCGGCGGAGCAGCGGUGGCUGCAGCGGCAGCUCAGAGACCAGUAUGUCAAAGCCUCUCACGCCCAGAACUUUCGCUGCAGAAGCGCCUUCAAGCUGCUGGAGAUAGACGACAAGUUCAAGCUGCUGCAGCCUGGAUACAGCGUGGUGGACUGUGGAGCUGCACCUGGAGCCUGGAGCCAGGUGGCCGUCCAGAGGGUCAACUCAGCCGGGACAGAUCCGGCGUUAUCACGUGGUACGGUUGUUGGCGUCGAUUUGCUGAACAUACCGCCCCUGGACGGCGCCCACUUCCUGCCCAGCCAUGACGUCACGGACCCGGCCACGCACGCCAAGCUGCUGGAGCUGCUUCCCGACCGCCGCGCUCACGUCAUCCUAAGCGACAUGGCUCCCAACGCCAGCGGUUUCCGAGAGAUGGACCACGAGAAACUCAUCACAAUGUGUUUGUCUUUGGUAGACUUGGCUGAGAAGAUCCUCCAGCCCCGGGGUUCUUUGCUUUGCAAAUACUGGGACGGGAUCCUCACUCGGAAACUCGAGGAGAAGCUGUCGAGCUCGUUCGGCAGCGUUCGGACUUUAAAGCCGGAAGCCAGCAGAAAGGAAUCCGCCGAGAGAUAUUUCCUCGCCACAAUGUACAGAAAACCAGUGAAGUGAUGCCUUUCAUUUCUCUAAUGCGUGCCAGCUUUACUCAAGUGCACACAGUGUUUCUGAUGAGGAGCUCCACUCAGUGGCUUUGAUCAAAAGGUGGCACUGUUGAGGCACCGAUGAACCUCAGUGCUCCAGGCACACAUGCAGACACAUUAAAUACUGUGAUGCUGAUUUUUAUCCCUGCAAACUUAACGCAGUAGCAGCAGCAGCAGCCAAUCAGUAAUAUGUAAACCUAUGUGAGGAUCAGUGUGAUAUUCCUCAAGAGCCCAAUGCUGUGUUUUCUCUGAAGUUAUUGUUUGCCCCAAGUGUUUGUUCUACACCCUCAGUUUGGUAUUUGCUUUGUUACAAAAAGUCAUUUACCACUGGUGCUUAUGCUAAUAAUUUGCACUGCCAGCCAUGUAGAAAAAUGUAAUCAUUCUCUCAUUGAGAGCUUAUGAAGGGGAAAAAAAACCAAACUAAUACAUAAGAGUCACAUACAGUAUGACUAAUGGGAAGUGGGAUGAUACUGAGGCUUGGCACGCACGCAAGUGUUGUUGGGCUCUGCUGUCUGACAGUAGAAACAUGUCCGUUUCCUGGGAAAACAUUUUUUAAAGCACUGGAGACAGAAGAAAAAAUGUAUUGUGCUUGUUCCUGUGCUUUGUCAUGUAGCACCACUGGUGAUUAAAAAUAAAAGGACAUUUUAUAAGCACACA